UCGGCUCGGCGGGGCAUGUUGGCGCCGCGGGCACCGCGCGUCCGGGAUUGCUAGCUCCUGCUGGGCUUCCUGCCCCGCGCCCGCGCGGCCCCAGCACCUGGCCGCCGCCUCCACCUCCCACCCGGAGCCCGGGCUCCGGCUGAAGCGCACAGGCAGCGGGGCGGUGUGUGCCGCGCGCGGACCUCUGCCGUCAUGGGGCUGCAGCCCCUGGAGUUCAGCGACUGCUACCUCGACAGCCCGUGGUUCCGGGAGAGGAUUCGCGCCCACGAAGCCGAGCUCGAGAGGACCAACAAGUUCAUCAAAGAGCUCAUCAAGGACGGCAAGAACCUCAUCGCCGCCACCAAAAGUCUUUCGGCGGCGCAGCGAAAGUUUGCUCACUCCCUCCGAGACUUUAAGUUUGAAUUCAUCGGUGAUGCGGAGACGGAUGAUGAACGCUGCAUCGAUGCUUCCUUGCGUGAAUUUUCAAAUUUUCUCAAGAAUCUGGAAGAACAGAGAGAGAUCAUGGCAUUAAGUGUAACUGAAACCCUGAUUAAGCCCUUGGAAAAAUUCAGAAAAGAGCAACUUGGAGCUGUAAAGGAAGAAAAAAAGAAGUUUGACAAGGAGACAGAGAAGAAUUACAGCUUAAUCGAUAAACAUCUGAACUUAUCAGCCAAAAAGAAGGACUCCCAUUUGCAAGAGGCAGACAUCCAAGUCGAGCAGAACCGGCAGCACUUCUAUGAACUGUCUCUUGAAUAUGUUUGUAAGCUCCAGGAGAUCCAAGAAAGAAAGAAGUUUGAGUUUGUGGAGCCUAUGCUGUCGUUUUUUCAGGGAAUGUUUACUUUUUAUCAUCAGGGCCAUGAGCUUGCCAAAGACUUCAAUCACUACAAAAUGGAACUGCAGAUCAACAUUCAGAACACCCGGAAUCGAUUUGAAGGCACACGAUCGGAAGUGGAGGAGCUGAUGAACAAAAUCAGACAGAAUCCCAAAGAGCACAAACGAGCCAGUCAGUUCACGGCAGAAGGCUACCUGUAUGUGCAGGAGAAAAGGCCUGCUCCGUUUGGUUCCAGCUGGGUCAAACACUACUGCAUGUAUCGGAAGGCUGCCAAGAAGUUCAACAUGAUCCCAUUUGAGCACAGAUCUGGGGGCAAGCUUGGAGAUGGGGAGGUGUUCUUCGUGAAGGAAUGUACCAGAAGGCAUACCGACUCCAUUGACAGAAGGUUUUGUUUUGACGUAGAAGCUGCUGACAGGCCUGGCGUUGCCCUGACCUUGCAGGCAUUUUCAGAAGAGGAGAGGAAGCUGUGGUUGGAAGCUCUGGGUGGAAAAGAAGCUCUGUUCCACAGUUUUAAUAGAGCUGUCGUCCCAAGACCAGAAGGAAGUGCACAGUUGGAUAAAAUGGGAUUCACGAUUCUCAAAAAGUGCAUCAGUGCAGUUGAAGCUCGAGGUAUAAAUGACCAAGGACUGUACAGAGUUGUGGGGGUGAGUUCAAAGGUCCAGAGACUUCUGAGUAUGUUAAUGGAUGCAAAAACAUGCAAUGAGCUGGACCUGGAAAAUUCUGUAGAUUGGGAAGUAAAGACAAUAACCAGUGCCUUGAAACAGUAUUUGAGGAGUCUUCCAGAGCCCCUCAUGACCUAUGAGUUACAUGGAGACUUCAUUGUACCAGCCAAAAGUGGCAGCCCAGAAUCUCGAGUCAAUGCCAUCCAUUUCUUGGUCCACAAAUUGCCAGAGAAAAAUAAAGAAAUGUUGGAUAUUUUGGUGAAGCACCUGACUAACGUUUCAAAUCACUCCAAGCAGAAUCUAAUGACCGUGGCAAAUUUAGGAGUGGUGUUUGGACCAACUUUGAUGAGGCCCCAGGAAGAAACUGUUGCUGCCAUCAUGGAUUUGAAGUUCCAGAAUAUUGUCGUGGAGAUCUUAAUUGAAAACCAUGAAAAGAUUUUUCGGACCCCGCCCGAUUCCACAUUCCCUGAGCCCAUCUGCCUGUCAGCAUCGCCCCCAAACGCUCCACCGAGGCAAUCAAAGAGACAAGGCCAGAGGACAAAGAGACCCGUGGCUGUGUACAAUCUUUGUCUUGAGCUGGAGGAUGGUGACAGUCCUACCUCUCCCAAGGAGGAGGCCCUGACCAGUGCGGUGGACUCGCUUUGCUCCACAUCUCCCACCACGACCUCUGUGCCUGGGCCUUCUACCCCAGAAAAAAACCACCUCCUAGCAGACGGAGGGAGCUGUGCGGACUGGGCAUCCCCUGUCUCAAGCCAGACCCGGUCACCCAUGGUCCAGUGGCUUAACCCGCAGUCUCCGACCACUCCAAGCGCCAAUCCAGCUGCAGUUCCUCCUCCUUCACCCCUGUCGCCACCCUUUACCCCCUCGCAUGUGACCACUCUAGUGGACAAGCCUCCUGAAAGCAUUAUCAAUCGGAAGGCCCGAGCAGUAUACCCGUGUGAGGCAGAGCACAGCUCGGAAUUGUCUUUUGAGAUCGGAGCCAUCUUUGAGGAUGUGCAAACGUCGAGGGAGCCUGGCUGGCUAGAAGGGACUCUGAACGGCAAGAGGGGACUGAUUCCACAGAAUUACGUCAAACUACUGUAGCUCCUUGGUGUUGGAGCUCCCUGACCCCACUCCGACCCCUGACUGACUCUGGCACCCAAGCACCUGCUGGGAGUGGCCAUGCAACCACCUACACAGUUGGGAACUCCCCACCACCGCCAACACCCCAGGGCCAUGGAGGGGAUUAGACGUCACUGCCUGGAGCUGCAGAUGGUGUGGAUCAAGAGUGGCUAGAUGGACAGAAAGGACCUUUCAUCUACCAAGCAUCAGGAUUUGAGAUUUUUUUAUUACUCAGCUGUAGAACAGAUGGGAGGGUGGCCUUCUGCCACUGUGCCCUACCACCUACCGAAGCUCCUGGUCCCUCCCAGUGCACCUGCUGCUGAGAUCUGACAAAGGCCUGUUGUCCUCGCAGUGUUACACUAGCAUGCCUCUGGUCACCAUGGCGUCGAGGGGGCUGUUUCUGGUGCCAGGGGACAUGGUCUUGACCCAGAGGAAAGCGGAGAUGCUCUUUUGAAGCUUUCUCCUUCCUUGGGGGGCACCAGCCACACUUAUGCUCACUCCACCCACAGAGCACUCCGGCGUAUUUAUAACCAGCUUCUCUUUGGUGCUCCUCAGCUGUGUGCUCUUUGCCUAAACACCAUUUUUCUGCUCCGAGGUCUCUGUAAAUGAAAUAAAAUGUACUUCACUUUU